AUGGGAGUACUUGCUGCCAUACAAGACGGAAAUAAGAAAGGACACAAUCUCAGAUUGACCAUAACAGAUUUGGAUGGUCACAUUUACUAUGCACAUGGCAAUGAACAAACAGCCGCAAAACUUCUUGACGCUUUCAAGACUACAAAGAGAGAACAAAUGGUUGACUCCGACUCAGACAUUUUGAAUGCAAUUGAAGGAAUUGCAAGUGUCAAGUUCGAAUGGUACCAACCUAACCCUCAAGCAGUCAGACAACAUGCUGGAUACUUUCCGUUCAUAAAUAAGUCUGACAUUGACUUGACAAGGUAUGGAAUUUACAAUUCAAUUGAAACAAUUGUCAACGAACCUUGCAUUCUUACAUGUCUCAGGAACUCUGGUCUUGUUACAGAUGAGAAGAUGAAGUAUCUUGAGUCAUGUGUGAAGACAAGGUACAUUCUCAGAGGUCAAUUGGCAAAAAUUGCACCGUUGGCAAAUGUCAAUAUCCGAGUCAACAUACCUACAGCUAAAGGUUCUUCACAUGACGACUAUGUUGUUGAGUUCAAUUUACCAUGGUUGAAGAUUGUAAUUGUCCACAACCACUUCAUGUUGAACGAAAGUCUUACAAACCCAUUGUUCGGAAAAGGCAAGUGCAACAUUGUCAGAGCUGUAAACAUUCUUUUCGAGAAAGGUUUGUUGGAACCAAUUCCAGAUGACAAGCUGACAGAAACUUUUGUACCAAAAGACGAAACAAACUUUUCACUGUUAGCAAGACCAAAAGUUGUUCCAGACAAAGUUCUAGUACAAAAGAAGUACACAAUUCCAAAAGGAGUUGGAUUGUUCGGAUACCAACCUGAACCAGAAGAACUUCCAAUGAGGUUGCAAGAACUUCAAGAUGCUAUAAACAAACUUCCAUUGAGACAUCCAAUUGAC